AUGGGUCUCUCCUCUAGCGAUACUAUUCUCCUGCUCAGCAUAAUCGCUAUGUUUCUCAGCCCCUUCCUCGUCUUUGGCAUCUGGGCUAUUGUAAUUGCCAAUCUCUACCGUCGAUAUGGAGCACUCCAUCCCCCUCUUUCCCCCGAGGAACGUCGCGAAAGAGACGCGGCCAGAGAACGAAGGGCUGAAGAGGCACGAACGCGUGCCGCCAAUAAUGCUUUUGAGAUGAAGACGGAGAAAAGCACCAUCAUAGCCAUCGUCUUCGCAGGCGUUCUCGGUGCUAUCGUGCUGUGGGUUGCAAUACUCCACUUGCUGAGGUGUUUCAGACGGAAAGGCUACCAUGUGGAUCAAUUCUUCGCCGUUCGAGUAGCGCAAGAGGGCCAUGAGCAACCGUCGUUCUUUCAUUUCUGGCGCCAUAACGACGUUCAAGAAGAUUAUGGCGCCGAGAAGUAUCAAGAUGAAGCCGAUUUCCCUCUGCGAUCACGGUAUAAACGACCGGAUCCGAGAUCGAGGCCGUACGAGGAACAGAGACGAUAUCCGGGCCGCGGUGAAUUUCAACGACCACGGUCACGAUCUUGGAGUAGGGAAAGACACACUAUCGAAGUUGAACCAGUCAUUGAAGAAGCAAGAGACGAUACGCCAAUGCCAUCUAAAAGGCGUCGAAGAUACGAUCGAAGCCCUCCUCCACGUCUAGAACGCUAUGCCCGAGGAAUGAAUGUGGCCGAACCACCAGCGAUUGAAUAUCAGAAUCAUGGACACCAAUUACCUCAACCAGCGAUGGUCUACCCUGUGCAAUUCCAGAUGCCGGCAGCAGUGUUCCCACAAGUAGCCUCAGGCGCUGCCCCGAUGAUAGCGCCCGUCUUUGCGGCUCCCAUCCAACCAGUUUGCGGACACCAAGUCUAUCAAGAUCAUGUCGACAAAAGCAUAUUCAAGAGUGCGGCUGAAUCGCAACCGCCUAGCGCAAAGCCGGUCCACCGCACAGUACACUUCGUCGACUUUGUCGAUGAGCUGCCUCCAUGGGUAGAAACGCGAGCAAAGCAACCCUCAGACUCGACGAAGCACGCAGAUGCUAAACAAGAGGCCGAUAGUGAUGAGGAGAUAGAACAGAUCCCUCGAGCAUACAUACCCCGCUCAGCGCUAAGAGCAAGAAAUGUCAUCCCAGAGCCCGCGAUCUUCCCGCAAGCCUUCAUACAAUCGAAGACGUGGAAGAAGACACCCGCAUUGCGACAUAAACAUGCUACGAAGAUGGCAUCACAUGGACAAGAGCGGCCGUCCAGUGAUAAUUCGCAAGAUGAAAGCGAGCCUGGGACCAGCAACUUGGAAAUGAGUACUGUUUCCUCAUAA